UUCAAGUGGGGAGUCGGUCGUUUGGUUGAGGACACUGUCGUUCCUCCACUAAUACUUCCUAUUUGGUGUACCAACAUGUCCAGUGUUUGGCCAAACCACCCGCCUUAUUAUCCUCGGUUUGGGCAUAAGGUUGAAAUUCAUAUUGGUGACCCUUUCGACUCGAGAAAGCUGUUAGACGAGUUGUCAUUGAAGAAAGGGUGGAGUGUGUUGAAAAGACGAAAAUUCAUCACAGACGCUCUUCAGACGGAAUUAUUUGAAUUGGGUGAAGCUGUUGGAAACCUUACAAAAGGUACUGCGAUGCGUAUCUUACAAGAAAACCGCUGUGACUAUUUAUAG